CUCUUCUUUUCUUCCUUCUUUGUUUGCUUUGUUCUUUCCCACCUUUGUCUUUGUCCCAGGUUAAUGCAGAUUCUCUCUCUGAGGUCAUAGCAACCAUGGCACAAAACUGAAUCACCAGCUUGGAGCCAAUUCUCUGGUGAACUCCUGUAAUCUCUUUGCUGGCAGCACUCUGGGAGUCUGAAAGGACACAACGCUCAAAAGCAGGACACAGGAUAAUGCAGCCUCAAGAGGUAUAUUUUGUGCAUAAAUACUGAUGGCAGCACAACCGUCCAGCAGCUGCCCUACAAGAGAAUGGACCUGUGGGCCAAUGGGCAAACUGGGCAUGAGGAGCACAAGGGAGCACGCUGCUCUUAUCCUGGGUCUGCACUAGCAUGAGUUGGAGUCGGGAGCCAGGGCUCAGUAUAUAAUAUAGCCAUUCUGGUAUGGAAGGCCAAAGUCCACUUCAGAGAUCUGGUCUUGGAUCUCACAAAUGUUUGCUGAUGGUCAUCAGAAAUGCACAUUGAGCCUGGGCCCUGGAAAUACAAAGCAAACCAAUGGAAAGAAGAGGAACACAGGCUUUAAAAAAAAAACUCAUAAUAUUCACAGGGCAAAGAAAAUGAAUUCACCAAACCUUUGGAACCAACCACCAGAACUCCAAUUUUGUUUUUCUUUGGUUAACAAUUCGUGCCCUAAAAAUGUGAGGCCCAUGCUGACUGCCUGCACCAUGUAUGUGGUCAUGAUUGGUGCUAUAGUAAUGACCAUGCUGGGAAAUAUGGUUGUGAUAAUUUCCAUUGCUCACUUCAAGCAGCUCCACUCCCCAACCAACUUCCUGAUUCUCUCCAUGGCCAUCACUGAUUUUUUGCUGAGCUGUGUGGUCAUGCCCUUCAGUAUGAUCAGGUCCAUUGAGUCCUGCUGGUACUUUGGAGAUCUCUUUUGCAAAAUCCACAGUUGCUGUGACAUCAUGCUCUGCACCACCUCCAUUUUCCACCUCUGCUUCAUCUCAGUGGACCGUCACUACGCUGUUUGUGACCCUUUGCAUUAUGUCACCAAAAUUACCUUCCCCGUCAUUGAGUUCUUUCUGCUCAUCAGCUGGUCCAUUCCCAUCUUGUUUGCCUUUGGCCUGGUAUUCUCAGAAUUAAACCUAAUUGGUGCAGAAGAUUUUGUUUCAGCCAUUGACUGUACAGGUUUGUGUGUGUUGAUCUUCAAUAAGGUCUGGGGGGUGCUGGCCUCCUUUAUAGCUUUCUUUCUCCCUGGGACAGUCAUGGUAGGGAUUUACAUACAUAUUUUCACAGUAGCCAGGAAACAUGCUAAGCAGAUUGGCACGAGUCCUAGGACAAAACUGGCUGGGUCAAAAAUCAAAGUGAAGGCAUCAUCCAAAAACGAAAGCAAAGCCACCAAGACGUUAAGCAUAGUCAUGGGAGUGUUUGUUUUGUGCUGGCUGCCCUUUUUUGUCUUGACGAUCACAGAUCCUUUCAUUAAUUUUACAACCCCUGAAGGUUUGUACAAUGUCUUCCUGUGGCUGGGUUAUUUCAAUUCCACUUUCAAUCCCAUUAUAUAUGGCAUGUUUUAUCCUUGGUUUCGCAAGGCACUGAAGAUGAUUGUCACAGGAAUGAUCUUCCGCCCUGACUCUUCUACCCUAAGCCUGUUUCCUGUACAUGCUUAGGCAGUGCUUCCCAUUCACCAAGAUUGUUCCCUAGUAGGAGAUAUUGACUGCUUUUCUCUUCAGACACUGGGACAUGACUUGUCCAAUUGGAGUAAUGGAGUCUGAAGUAGGAACAAUACAUCUAGCUUUUCAGCUAUACAAAAACUAUCCAGCUGGUUCAUUCUUCAACUUUUGGGAAGGACACUUGAAAUAAAAAACAAGUCUUUCUCAGAGGAUAUUGAUUCUAAACAUAUAAAAUUGGAGAUUUAGAAUUUCAUUCCUUUGGCUUAAAUCAAAUAGGGAUUUUCUGACUAAAAUUUAUAAAUUGUGUAGCUUGUUUUCACAGUCACAUGUAACUGAGGUUAUAUAAAUCUUUCCUGAGGUUACUAUUGCUUAUUAUGGGAGGGGGAGAAAGUUUGAGUGUAUUGGAAAUCCAAGUUAUGAAGCAUGUGACAGAGAAGGAAAGAACAGAGCAGACAGUUGUAGUUACUUCCAGUAAUAUAGAUUCUGACUUAAACCUCUUUUCAGAAAGAACUGAUGUGAGUGUU